AUGGGGUUCAACGGCACUUUAAAGAUGAUCUUUCACAAAAUGAAGAGAAAGCUGGUCCAUGGCGAAGAUCGAGCCGGGAAAAAGCCCAAGGGCCCAGCAUACCCAAGUCCUGCCAGUCUUGUCCCCUACUCAGCCACACCCACCACAUUCGGGGACCUCCGUGUAGCCAAUGGACAGGGAUCACAGCGGAGACGCAUCAACUCAGUCCCUCCCCCCUCCGACAUGCAGGAGUGGCUACGCACCUUCCAGACAUGGUCGCAUCCUGAAAGGCUGUUGGCUCUAGAUGAGCUGAUUGACAGUUGUGAACAGUCUGAGGUGAAACACAUGAUGCAGGUGAUCGAGCCGCAGUUCCAGAGAGACUUUAUAUCCCUUCUCCCCAAAGAGCUUGCGCUGUAUGUUCUGUCGUUUCUGGAGCCCCGUUCUCUGCUGCAGGCAGCGCAGACUUGCAGUUACUGGAGGAUUUUGGCAGAGGACAACUUACUUUGGAGAGAGAAAUGCAGAGAAGAGGGUAUAGAGGAGCCCCUGCAUAUGAAGAGGAGGAGGAUGCUGAGGCCGGGCUUCAGCCACAGUCCGUGGAAAAGUGCUUACAUUCGACAGCACAGAAUACACACCAACUGGCGCAAAGGAGACCUGCGCUCCCCCAAGGUGCUGAAAGGCCACGACGAUCAUGUGAUCACAUGCCUGCAGUUCUGUGGCAAUAGGAUUGUGAGUGGAUCCGAUGACAACACACUCAAAGUGUGGUCCGCUGUUACAGGCAAGUGUUUACGGACGUUGGUUGGACACACAGGUGGCGUGUGGUCGUCUCAGAUGAAAGACAACAUCAUCAUCAGCGGCUCGACAGACAGAACGCUCAAAGUGUGGAACACUGAGACCGGCGAGUGUGUACACACACUCUACGGACACACGUCUACAGUGCGCUGCAUGCACCUGCACGGCAAGAGGGUUGUGAGUGGCUCUCGGGACGCUACGUUGCGUGUGUGGGAUGUGGAGACAGGCCAGUGUGAGCGUGUCUUGAUGGGUCACGUGGCAGCUGUGCGCUGUGUUCAGUAUGAUGGACGGCGUGUGGUCAGUGGAGCCUACGACUUCAUGGUCAAAGUGUGGGACCCUGAGACUGAGACCUGCCUACACACACUGCAGGGCCACACCAACAGAGUUUACUCACUACAGUUUGAUGGAAUUCAUGUGGUGAGCGGCUCCCUGGACACCUCCAUCCGUGUGUGGGAUGUGGAGACUGGUAACUGUGUGCACACUCUAACAGGACACCAGUCUCUAACCAGCGGCAUGGAGCUGAAAGACAACACACUGGUCUCUGGCAACGCAGACUCCACCGUCAAAAUCUGGGACAUUCGCACCGGACAGUGCCUACAAACUCUCCAAGGUCCUCACAAGCAUCAGAGCGCGGUGACCUGUCUGCAGUUCAAUAAGAGCUUUGUGGUGACCAGUUCGGACGACGGCACGGUUAAGCUCUGGGACCUGCGCACAGGCGAGUUCGUACGGGACCUGGUCACCCUGGAGAGCGGGGGCAGCGGAGGGGUGGUGUGGAGGAUACGCGCCUCCAACACCAAACUGGUCUGUGCCGUGGGCAGUCGCAACGGCACCGAGGAAACCAAACUACUGGUGCUGGACUUUGACGUGGACAUGAAGUGACCACCUUCUGUAAGGACAGAGAGAACAUAUGACAAACUGAACGUCAAAAAAAGUUUAGACGAGACACGAGAGGACUCAUCCUGUAAGGAUUUUGGGAUUCUGCUAAUUGACCCUUGGAUAGAACAAGAGGAGACUUGAGGCUCAGGAAAAGAUUUUGAAGUAUGGAUGAACUAUGGUAUGGGUGUGGACAAAAGUGCUUUUUUGGGAGAAAAACCAAAUGGUGAAUGGU